UUGGCCGAAACAGCUGGCUGGGAUUCAAGGCAGCCUCUUGAUAUAUUUAUAUAUUUUCUGAGAAGAAGCAGCCUGUGCAACAGACAGAGCCACAGCCUUUUCUACACAAUCUGCUUGGCAUCAAGAAGGAAAUAACUACAGGACAAGAUGUGCAAAGGACUAGCAGCCUUGCCACACACAUGUCUGGAGAGAGCCAAGGAGAUCAAGACCAAGUUGGGUACACUGCUACAGAAGCCAGACUCAUCUGUAGACCUGAUCAUCCCCUAUUCUGAGAAGCCGGAAAAACCAGCAAAGCUCCAGAAACCUUCUGCUGAGGAGGCUUGGCAGUGGCGCAACUCUCUGGAGAAACUCCUUCAGAAUCCCUAUGGGCUUGCCAGCUUCCAGAACUUCCUCAAGUCUGAAUUCAGUGAAGAGAACAUUGAAUUCUGGAUUGCUUGUGAAGACUAUAAGAAAAUAAAAUUUCCUUCUAAAAUGACUGAAAAGGCCAAGAAAAUUUAUGAAGAAUUCAUCCAGAGUGAGGCUCCUAAAGAGGUAAACAUUGACCAUUUCACCAAAUCUGUGACCAUGAAGAAUCUGGUGGAACCAUCUGAGAGCACUUUUGAUCUGGCUCAGAAGAAGAUCUUCAUGCUGAUGGAGAAGGAUUCUCUCCCCAGAUUUGUGCGUUCUAGCAUAUAUCAGGAGUUCAUAAAGUAGCAAUGUAGCAGAGCUGUGCUAGGCCUUGAUACUCCUGAUUACAAACGGGGCCAUUGUUUAUCAGCUACUACUUUGUGACAUUUAUCUUACUAGUUUCCUUUUCUUGUGUGUAUUCCAGGCUUCAGAUGUUCAAAGAGUGUUGUUGUUCGAUAUCUUGCCCAUGCUGUUUGGUCUCUCGGUUUUUUCCCCUCCGGAUGAUUCAAUUUUACCCUUUCCUCACAUUUCUCCCCAUCACUGACACUAUUGUAGAUAGAGGCAAGAACAUAGAGUUUGAAGGGCUACACUAGUCACUCCUGUUAAAUAUAACAGAUGAUAACUAUUGAUACACGCAAGACUAAACUGACUAAAUUCUUCUAUACAUCCUUGAUCCGACCACCUUAGAUUUAAGAAGAAUGUAAUACACCGUUUUGUCCCCUCUGUUUGAAGUAUCCUAUGCGAAGUAGAGUAUUGGAAACCUAUACUUAUUAUCCAUCAUUAGCAAAUAAGGCUGGAUCUACAGUGCCCUAUAUCCCAGGAUCUGAUCCCAGAUUAUUUGUUUAUCCUAGAUUAUCUGGCAGUAUAGAUUGUCAGUUCAAAGUAGAUAAUCUGGGAUCAGAUCCUGGGAUAUAGGUCGCUGAAGAUCCAGCCUCUGAUCAGACAGACAAGUUUUCCCAAACUUAACACCCUCUAGAUUCUAGGUUUUGGACUACAGCUCUCACCAUUCAUAUCCAAACAGGAAAGUGAUCAAGUUGUCUGUGGAUGAAAGAAACUGUAGCCUAUCUCAUCUGAGGGUGUGCCAGUUUGGGAAAAUUAGUUUCAACGACAAAGAUGGAAAUAGAAAUGAAGUCUUUUUACUUAAAUACUUCAGAGAUGCUACUCAUAUUCCCAUCUCAAAACAUUAGUACAACAUGGCAAUUUAAUGUCAGCAAUUGCAUCUGGUGAAUUACUGUUUGUAUCAGUGUCUGGUGAGACCCAGUGCAUAUUGUGCCAUCGCAUCUUGAAUGUGAUUUUCCUGCUUCUUGGCAGGGGGUUGGACUGGAUGGCCCACAAGGUCUCUUCCAAUUCUAUGACUCUAUGAUUCUAUGACUCUAUCAUAAAGAGAGUGGCAUAUAAUAACCCUUGCUAUAUAAGAGAUCACUCAAAAUAUACUUAAUGUGGGAAAGUGAUGGCAUAAAAUUAUCCUUGUAAUAAUUAGUUACGUAGACAUGGCCAAGUUUGAAUUCUGAAGUUUGCAACAAGUAAGUAAUGGUAGUUUGAGUUUACAUAGCAGUAUUCUAACUAUACUAUUAAUAACAUUGAAUAGACAUAUUGUAAUUUGAUCAUUGUUUGGAACAAGGCCUACCAGAUGAUUAGCACUGGAGAUGUAUCAUAGGGAAAUCACAAUAUCAGCAGGACAACAGUGGGAUAUGGAGAUGAUAGCAUCACACAUAUUCAAAAUACCUGUAAAACAUUUGGAGAUGGGGACAGGGGGGAAAGAUAAUCAGACCAAACAGCAUGACUCGUUUAGUGACCUAGGUCACGUAUCUAUUAUCUUUUCCUGCAUUACAUUUAUUGGGACUACAAUGUUUACAAUGGCCCUGCAUAACCUAUGCACAGCUUUAUGUAAUACUCCUAAGGUAUAUCACUCUUUUCUGAAUUAUGAUGAAAAUAUUUGUGGUGACAUUGUGUUCUAUUAACUUUUUCUGUAGCAUAAAAUGUGGCUGAAAUACAUACACUAUCAUCAAGCAGUGUCAUCUUGUGUGAGUUGUAUUGACAUGGUUAGAAAAAAUAUCCAGUGAGCUGAAGAAAAUUAAAUUAAACUCUAGAAAACUUA